CGCUCAGGCCCCAUAGCCACUCACAUCACAAUCGAUUUUGUGGCUGACUAUUGCCUGGAAAGCAAUCUGGUUCGUCGGGAUAGGAAUUGUGAAAAACUUUAAAUUUCACAUAAUUCAUUAACACUUUACUUUUCAGUAUGAAUUGAGAUAGCUUUGGUCUUUUGGGUUUUGGGCCGAUUUGAAGAUCUGUUAACUUUUAACCCAAAAUAAUUGUCACUUUCAUGUUUUCAUGCAUUACAGAAGUUAGCGUCUUUCCCCCCUUUGUAAUAUGAUACGCCAUGAAAUAGACGAGCAGUGCACAACCAAUCCUUCCAAUAACGUAUGAUAUUUAAAUAUGUUGUUGCUUUCUGAAAUUUAAAAAUGUUGUGUAUGUUGAUAAAAUUACAUGAGCCACAACCAUCCAACUUCAACCCAUAGUUUGGAUUCCUGCAGGGAUGGAUUAUUUGUGUAGUCCAUUGGAGUUAAGGCUAUUGCAGAAAGUAAGCGCUUUAUCAAAUGAUUACGUGUUACCAACUCACUGUUGAGGACAUACACUAUUUUCUGCUUGAAAGGGACUUUAAACUGUUAUAAAUUAAUCAUUAAAGCACUAGUUAUGUAUAAUCCUUAGAUGGAGAUAAUAUGAAGAGUUGGAUUGGAAUAUAAAAUAAGAUGGCAAUUCUUGCUUUCUCCCCAACUUUCUACAAUGUUAAAAUGGUUUGUAUUACAUUUUUCCCAAAGUUGUAGUUCAAAAAUAGCAUCAUUUAUUUUGUCUUUAACUACAGUGCAAUCGUAAAGUCUUGCUUCAUCACAUGUACAACUGGUUUUAAAUAUUAUAUCAAUAUUAAAUAGUUUCAUUUAGUUAUCAAACAACACAUUUUUAAUAUUGAAUUUACAGGUGCAAACCUAACAGUAUAGAAGAAGAAAAAAGAUGGCUGAGACAGGACGAUGCGGCGAGCAAUGACGAAGAGUCCUGUGUAGAAAUGUCCAAUAACAACGCAAUCGAAGGAGGCGCAAACCGCAAAAGUAAAGUGGUCCAAACUGACGACAACCGUUUAAAAGAAAACCUUGCUGAGACAGUACAAGGAGAUGCAUCGAGCCACGGAGAAAAGUCCAGUGUCGAAAUGUCCAAUAACAGUCCAAUUAAAAGAGGAAGGGGUAGGCCACGAGGUCCAAAGAACUUAAACAAGUCAAACCAGGUUUCAGGCAUUUCCAUCAGUGAGUCCAAACCGCCUCGGAGGGGAAGAGGACGUCCAAAACUCCAGAAAGCCACAAAGCUCAAAGGAUCAGGAGACGACCUUGCCGGUGAAACCCCAACUGAAGUAAUCCAAACUGACGGCAACAGUGAAGAAGAAGAAGAAGAAGAAAAGAAGAUGGCUGAGACGGGCCAGGGAGAUGUGGCGAGCCACGAGGAAGAGCCCAGUGUGGAGGAGUCCAACAGUCCAGUUAAAAGUGGAAGGGGUGAAACCCCAACUGAAGUAAUCCAAACUGACGGCAACAGUGAAGAAGAAGAAAAGAAGAUGGCUGAGACGGGCCAGGGAGAUGUGGCGAGCCACGAGGAAGAGCCCAGUGUCGAGGAGUCCAAUAACAGUCCAGUUAAAAGUGGAAGGGGUAGGCCACAAGGUUUUAAGAUGUUAAAGGUUUCUCUUACAGACAUUAUCAAAACAGAACAGGUUUCAGGCAUUUCCACCAGUGAGUCCAAACUGCCUCGGAGGGGAAGAGGACGUCCAAAACUCCAGAAAGCCACCGAGCUCAAAGCUCAAGAGCCCAUCAACCAGAGCAGUGAUGAAGACAAUCUGACAGCAGACCAUUUUCCUAAAAAAAGAGGCCGGCCAAGAAAAUCUCUCAACAAAAGCCCCUCCGACAAUGCUGAUGCUAAAGACUUGCCAAACGGUGCUUCUGAUGCACCAAAAGCAAAAAGGGGUCGUCCAAAAGGAUCCACGAAGCGCAAGUCAGGACGUUUAACAAGUGGAGAGAAUGGAGGAAGUUCUGCAAUGCGUGGGAAUCCAAGACGCUCUUCCAAUAAGACACCCAUGCUAGAGACCGAGGAGAGCAGUGAGGAGGAAGAAGAUGCAGAGAAGCCUCCAAGAGGGAGGGGGAGGCCGAAAAAGAUCAAACAAGAAACAGGUGACCCUCCGCCGGCUAAGAAGCGUCUGGGUCGCCCCAAAGGCUCUUUAAACAAGAAACAAGGCCAAAGGGGAAGACCAAGGAAGUACCCCGAGGAGCUAAAAAAGCCAAGAGUAUGGAAACCGCUGGGAAGGCCCAGGAAAUACCCCCGAGUUGACCCUGCAGAGGGGUCAGAACCAGCCCCUCCCAGAGGCCGCGGUCGGCCUCACAAGACACAGUCAAAGAAAGGCGCUCACUUGCGUAAGAGUUUGCCGGAAUCUUUGCCCUCGCCAAUCGACCCCAAUGUUGAGCCCCCGAGGAAAAGGGGCCGUCCUCCAAAAAGUGAAGCUGUUCCAAAGCGUAAAAGGGGCCGUCCUAAAGGUUCAGUCAACAGCAGUAAAGCAGGAAGUGGAACACCGAUCGAAUGUGCAGACGCCAACCAUUCGACAGCAGAGAGCGAUUCACCUCUUGUUGCACUGAAAUGUGAAGCAGAGGAGGUGGAGAUAAAAGAAGAGACGCCCAUCAAUCAGGAUGCAGACUCAGAAGUUAGUAACCAGGCUUGAUGAACCGCCCGGUCUGACCAAAAUAAGGUUUCUGUUUAAAACGGAGUACAAUCGUGUGAACGAAUACACACGUUUGUAGUCAUUUUGUCGGUUGGGUAGUCUAGAUAUUCUGCAGCUCUUCUGUUUUCUGACUAACAUCUCUAUCUUCUAUUGUGAUUUUUUUUUUAAAUGUCUUUAUUACUGUUAUCUGAAUAAUACUCGAAGUAAUGUUUUUUUUGGACUGGCACUAAUUGUUAAGGUUUACAUUUUGCUGUCAGAUGUAAAUUGUCAGUUUUUUCUUUUCUAAAGGGAAAGCAUAGUGUGCUAGACUUGUCAAAUCGUGUCCUGGUGGACCUCUAUUGCAAUAGCUUUCGUAACUCUGUACAAUCUGUCAUUGUGAUGAUCAAUUCAGAGCAUAAUGGGGACCCAUCAUAUUAUACCAACAUGUAAACCUUCAACAACUACGAAAACACCCCCGUUAUGGGACUGCUCGCCCACCCAAUGUUUUUAUUUGUCAACAUUUUACUUGACGAGGUCACGUGUUUGUUUUUGUUUUAUUUAGAAAUGCUCGGUUUUUAAUGGUUAUUCAUUAUUUUUUUUACCAAUAAUAGAGGUUCAUGCCCACUUUCAACUGGUUAUUGUUGAACUCUCAAGAAUCUGCUCUUUUCAGCAAAAAAAAUUAAUUCACUGUACGAAAAGGUCGGACUUAAGUAGCAACUAGCUGGUGAACUGUGGAGAAUUUAGCAGGUAAAGAUGCAGAUAUUUCUUCCAGGAGUUUGUUGAGAGAAAAACGCAGCUAAAAUAGGGUGUAUUCUGGACUGUUGGCCAUGAAUGAAAAAGAAUUCUGCAUUCUGCUAAAUGUGAAAUAGGCAAAUUUUAGUUUGCAAUUCAAACUUUUACAUGUCAUCUAGCUGACGCUUUUAUCCAAAGCACCUUACAAUAAAUACAUUUCAACCAGGAUACAAUCUCAAAGGAACAAGAAACAACAAAGUGCAAUUUCAUUUAACAAGCCGAUUCACAACUUGCUAUAGAUAAGAGGCAAACUUGAAAGGUGCAGAUAUUUGUAUGUUGUGUUGUGCAACUAUUUGUUUCCCCCCCCCCCCC